AUCUCUGUUUGCAGCAUCCCUGGAGCAGCUUCUGUUGUGUGAAAUACAAGAAAGGGCCAAGCGGAGGGGGGUUGAUCCGAAGAGGAAACCGGAGAAUGGGAAGGGGAUCUUUUUGAGGCUGCUGGGAUAGGGUUACUCUGGUGUGUGGAGUCCAUCUUCACAUAAAAUGGCUUUCUUUUUGUCAAUGUAAACAGCCUGUGCAGUACCUGCUUUGCUAAAGGGGGAAGCAGAAUUGGAGGAGGGGCAGCCACUGGAGGAAAUGCUGCCUCUUCCAAUGACAUUUUCCCCUCUCUAGCUAACCCUGGCCUGCCGCAGCUCACAUCUGAAGUCAUGCAUGUUGUAUGUUAAGUUUUUUCUCCAGAUGAAAUUGCGAAGCCCCAUCAAUGCUCAAACCAGAGAGAAGUCACCUGUGUCCACCAUGAGACGCACGAGAGGCUGAGCGACACAGCAACAUCCACACAAAGAACCAAAAUACAUCCUUCAGUUGAAAGUGUUGCACCUGACCAUGGCCGUAACUGCAGCUAAGACAACUCCAAGUUUUUUCUCCACAACUGCCACGACCACAGCAAUCCCCUUCCUCUCGACGAGCAAGGGCGUCAGAGACAAUGUCACCUCCAGAACGACAUUAAUGACUGUUACUAUCACAGCAAACGAGACCAGCUUCAAUGCCACCUCGUUCCCAGAGGCCGUGAUGGAGGGCUCGGGAAUGGGAAUGGUGCUCGUACCCUUUGGCAUCAUCACUGUCAUCGGCUUGGCAGUGGCAAUAAUGCUGUAUAUUCGGAAACGGAAGCGGCUGGAGAAGCUGAGGCACCAGCUCAUGCCCAUGUACAGCUUUGACCCGGCUGAAGAACAAGAUGACCUGCUGGAACAGGAACUACUGGAUCACGGCCGGGACGGCAGCCUCGCCGGUCCCAAUGCCAAGACUCUCACAACCUCCCAGGGGACGACACAGAGGCCCAGUCGUCUGGUCUUCACAGAUGUAGCGAAAGCUCUCAACGCUUAACGGCUCUCUUCCAUUAGUUCGUUUCAGUUUGAAGCUCGAGAAACAGACUGUCUCUCAGGAAGAAAAACAAAGGGAAAACUGGAGUGUUUUUAGGACAACUGUGGCUUUGAAGGACAUUUUCAUCACUCUGACACAGGACGAAGUGGUUUUCAAAAACAAAUUGUAGGGUGCAUGUUUGAUAAGGGAGUAUAUAAUGGUAGGAAUCACAUUUAUAAGAUCUUGCACUUGUAUUAUUUGGUACACAAAUGCAGUGGGAUGCACUUCAAUCAUUGCUGUUAAAAUGUUUGGUAGCUUUUCAGUGAAGUUCUUCUGAGCUUCAAUAUCUACUUCCAUGUUUGAAGAGAGAAAUGUACACUUGUGUUUUAUUGAUUUUGUAGUCUUUUGUCUCUGAUGAGCUUGAACUCUGGAUGUUUUUUCAUCCUUAAGUGAGCUGUCCCUCACUGUUUUGUUUCCUCUUUAUUGAGCAAAGAAGAUCUGUUACCAUCUGUAUACAUUAAAACUAUUUAAACCAA